CCGCUUAACCCACCGGCCACCGCUCUCCCAGUUCCACCGAGCGAAGCACAAAACUAGGGUUGUCGUCGGAGCCAUCUCCCCCGCACUAUCCGAGCUUCUGCAAUGGCGAUCGGAGCCCAGACGCCCGACAUUCUCGGAGAACGGCAGUCCGGCCAAGAUGUCCGCACCCAGAAUGUGGUGGCGUGUCAAGCGGUUGCCAACAUCGUGAAGUCGUCGCUGGGCCCGGUCGGUCUUGACAAGAUGCUAGUUGAUGACAUUGGUGACGUGACAAUUACUAAUGAUGGUGCAACAAUACUCAAGAUGUUAGAAGUUGAGCAUCCAGCUGCCAAGGUUCUUGUUGAGCUGGCUGAGCUUCAAGACCGGGAAGUUGGAGAUGGGACGACAUCUGUGGUCAUUGUAGCUGCAGAGCUGCUUAAGAGAGCAAAUGAUCUUGUGAGAAACAAGAUUCAUCCAACAUCCAUAAUCAGUGGCUACAGGCUUGCGAUGAGGGAAGCCUGCAAGUAUGUUGAAGAAAAAUUGGCUGUAAAGGUUGAAAAGCUUGGAAAAGAUUCCCUCAUAAACUGUGCAAAGACGAGCAUGUCUUCAAAAUUAAUCGCCGGUGACAAUGAUUUCUUCGCAAAUUUGGUUGUAGAUGCAGUUCAAGCUGUGAAGACUACAAAUGCAAGUGGAGAAGUUAAAUAUCCAAUCAAGUGCAUCAAUAUCUUGAAAGCUCAUGGAAAAAGUGCCAAAGAUAGCUACUUGCUGAAUGGCUAUGCUUUAAAUUCAGGCCGAGCAGCUCAAGGAAUGCCUACUAGAGUUGCACCUGCGAGAAUUGCUUGCCUUGAUUUUAAUCUCCAGAAGACAAAAAUGCAAAUGGGUGUUCAAGUCUUAGUCACUGAUCCUAGAGAACUUGAAAAAAUUCGUGAAAGAGAAGCUGACAUCACAAAAGAGCGAAUUGAGAAAAUUCUAAAAGCGGGAGCUAAUGUUGUACUGACAACCAAGGGAAUUGAUGAUAUGGCACUAAAGGCAUUAUUUGUGGAGGCUGGGACUAUUGCUGUGAGACGUGUUCGCAAAGAGGAUUUGCGACACGUUGCCAAGGCCACUGGUGCAACUGUGGUUUCCACAUUUGCUGACAUGGAAGGAGAGGAAACAUUCGAUUCAUCAUUUCUCGGAUAUGCUGAUGAAGUUGUGGAGGAACGAAUUUCUGAUGAUGAUGUAAUCCUGGUGAAGGGUACUAAAAAUACUAGUGCGGUUUCAUUGAUACUUAGAGGUGCAAAUGACUACAUGCUUGAUGAGAUGGAUCGAUCUUUGCAUGAUGCAUUGUGCAUCGUCAAGAGGACCCUUGAGUCUAACACGGUUGUUGCUGGUGGUGGUGCAGUGGAGGCUGCAUUAUCUGUGUACCUCGAGUACCUUGCUACAACUUUGGGAUCUAGAGAGCAGUUGGCAAUUGCGGAGUUUGCUGAGUCUCUUCUAAUAAUACCUAAGGUACUUGCUGUGAACGCUGCAAAAGAUGCGACUGAAUUAGUUGCAAAACUUCGGGCUUAUCACCAUACUGCCCAAACAAAAGCAGAUAAGCAGCACCUUUCAAGUAUGGGCUUAGACCUAUACAAAGGAACAAUCCGCAAUAACCUAGAAGCUGGAGUUAUUGAGCCUGCAAUGAGCAAAGUGAAGAUAUUACAGUUUGCAACUGAGGCGGCUAUAACAAUUCUGAGGAUUGAUGAUAUGAUCAAGCUUGUUAAAGACGAACAGCAGAAUGAAGAUUAGAGAUUGGUUUUGGUGGCCUUAAAUGAAACCAGAUUUACAAUUUUGCGAUUCUCGGUAAUUUGUUGCCAUUCCACUUUAGAGAUGGGAACUUUUGUGUCCCUGUCCGUCAAUUUUGGUAACGAUAGGGAUGUCUAUAAACUCGCACGGUUCCCAUGUUCUGACACGGGAAACUGCUAAACAAAUCAUAUCUGUGAAUCGUAUCAGUCAUGGCUGAGAAUUGUUCUGGUUGGUCUGUACUUCCAGGAUUGUUCUUGAAUGGUUUCCUUAAAUUGAAUGAUAUCUCGGAAACUGUAAUGCUGAAUA